AUGUGGUACGAAAUCCUAUAUGGAGGUGUUUUUGGUAUUACCAGCUUUAGCGUUUUAUUUAAUGUUCCAUUAUAUAUCAUUGUUCUGUGCGCUGUGGUACGACACGGGAACAGAGCGCCAUUUAACUCGCCUUUUUUCAAAAUAUUCUUCGCUUUAGGCGUGGUUGAUUUGAUGUAAGUUUUUGGGCUUUAUAUGAAAUUUUUAAAACUUUUAGUUACAUGCAAAUUUUUAGGUUUAAAAAUGAAAUUUUAAAAAUUUUGAGUUUAUGAAAAUUUUUGAAAUUUAAAACGAAAUUUUUAAAAUUUUUAACAUUUUUGAAGUUUAUAGGCUUAAAAUGAAACUAAAGGUUGUCAUAGCAUCAUUUUACGUAGCCAAGCUUUAAUAAGCCAUACAAUUUGUAAUUGUACACAAAUUAACAAUAGCUUGUAUUUUAAGGUACAAUAUUGUAAUGGUCUUUGUGUUUCAGGUGCUACAGUUUAUACCUAUUUAUAAAGAAGCCCAUUUUCUUUGGACUAAUACCAGAAUGGGCCAAGCCAUUCAAUACGCCUAAUGAAUAUGUCAAACUUAUUUAUCCUUGGUUUUAUAUUUUUGGUUAGUUAUCGCUUUUAUUUUUUUUUAAUUUUUGAAAUUAUUUUAUUAUGAAAACUUUAAAAUUAAAUAUUUAAAAUUUUACAUUUUUUCAAAAUUUUAACUUUCAAAUUUUUUAAAAUUAAAAUUUUAGGUUUUUACCAAUAUCAGCUCAUUUUCUUGCUCAAUCUGAACCGAUUUACUUGUUUAGUCACUCCGAGGUUUUAUCUUAAUGUAAGCUGAAAAAAAUUUUAAUCCUACUCUAGCUUUAGCAUUAGCUUGGCCCUAGCGCUUCAAAAACCUUGUAAUUGUUUUGUCAUUGACAUACUUUUUUUAUGUUCUUGCCUGCUUUUUUCUCUUUUUCGUCUUACUCAAGCCUUACCCUAGUCUUCCUUUAGCCAAACCAUGAGCUUACCCUAGCACUACCAUUUCGCUACUUUUGAUCUACCCUAGCCCUAUUUUAGCGUUAUUCUUAGCUCUACCCUAGCCUUACGUUGACUUUACUAAAGCCUUACUCUACCCAUAUUCUACUCUUGCCUUAGCCUCUAACAACCCUUGCCUCACUCUAAAAAUUGUUAUAGUUUGGUCAUUGGCUUAGUACCUUUUUCUUGCCUUUGCCGAUUUUUACUCUAUUUUGUCUCAAUUUAGAUUUUUUCUUAGUUUCACUAUAGUCUAACCCUAGCUUAACGAAAAGCUUGUAUAAUUCUAUAUCUUUACAGUACUGCCAGCACAAGACCACAAAAACUUGCAUUGCUUUACUAGCUGUCCUGUCCUUUAUUAUCGGCUUUCCCGGCUUUCAAAUGCAAGCUCAAAUAAGUGAGUAUACGAUUGAAAUUGACGGUAUCAAUCGUACGAUGCAUUAUGGACCAAUAAUGAAAGGUGAUGUGGCUCCAUAUCUUAGUAUUGUAUGGAGAUUACAUGUGUAUACAUUACUGUUUCUUGGGUUGAUCAUGUAUGCAGUUAUGUUCUUUGUUACUCGAAGAGCUUUGAUCAAAGGGAACGGUCAGAAUCGGAGCAAAAAUCGACCAGAAAUGAAGUUAUUCUACAUGGCAUUGGCGUUGUUUAGCGUCAACUUUGGUUUUGCUAUCUACUUUUGGCUUAGGUAAGGAUUUUUUUGGCAUUUCUUUUACCCUAGCUUAUGUUGCCUCAAGAUAUUCAUAUCUCAUAACUCACUAUGACGCAUAUAACACAGUUACAGAUAAUAAUAUGUAACAUAUGACAAUUUAAAACACAAGUUACAAAGCCCUUUCAGUACUAAAACUACCAGUCAUCUAAACGAGUGGAUUCUGCUAAUUAUGUCUGACAUUUACGACCUUCCAAACGGCAUAAUUUUAUGGUUCACGUGUCGCGACAUACGAAGGGUUGUGUGGAAACCACAAAACUUUAAAUUUAACGAAAAUUUGAAAACGAUUACAGUAACACCGAUUCAACGGACGACUUCUACUCUUUCUACUGGCUACAUAUAA